AUGUCUCCGUUAUUUUCUGCCAUCUUUUUGCUUGGCCUUUGCCUGGCCAACGCCUUCAACUUCACAACCGUCUACGAGUGGGCUCAAUUUGAUUUCAUCUGGCCAUCGGGAGCGGACAGUUCAAACGGACAGAACAAGCAGAAUUUUAAAUCAUCGAAAGUCUAUCUUGAUUACAUGGCUGUUUUUGGAGAAAGGCUGUUUCUCAGCCUUGAAACGCAACCCGGAAUUGACGCCACGUUGGUGUGGCUGCCAACGAGUGGGACUUCGGCUGUACCUGCAAAGCUUGCUCCUUUCCCUUCCUGGCAUUUACACAAAAAAAACAACUGCGAUUCUAUCCAGUGGGCCAAAGGUAUGGAAACUGACACCGAUGGACGGUUGUGGGUGCUUGAUGACGGAAGCAAGAAAUGUCAGGGCAAAAUUUGGAUAUUCGACCUUCUCAACAAUGACAAAACCGAGCACGUGCACCAGUUCCCAGAUUCAGUCGUCUCUCAUAUAUCUUAUAAAAGGGACCUGCGUGAUAUCGUGAUUGACCAAACUCCAGACGAUUCCCUUGCGUACAUCUUGGACCUUUCCUUUGAGCACGAGCACAUCGUCGUUUACAGCAGAAAAUUGGACAAAUCUUGGUUAGUUAAAACAACAGGGAGAAAAUGGUAUUGCUUGGCCCUCUCUGCUAACAGGGAAGCGAGACAGUUGUACCUUGCAAGAUAUGGUUCCAAUGAACUGUACUCAGUGUCUGUUUCUGAGCUGAAGAAUGAAGGCGGGAGCGCUGCUGUGAAAUUCAUCGGCGAAUGGAAUGGAAAACCUUACAGAAUGCUAAUCGACAGUGCCAACGUCAUGUAUGCCGUCUUUACCGAACAGAGUUACGUCUCCAAAUGGAAUAUUUCAGAGCCCUUUCUUGAACAGCGAUUUUAUGAGGUCGGAGAACUGGGUGUUGAAUAUCCAUUUACUUUUUCCUUGGACACGAACGGCAAUUUAUGGAUGACGGAGCGAAAUGAAACUAUUAUCAAUGUCAAAAGGCAUAAACUACUCGAGGCUGCAGUCAGCGCGUCUACAGCCUUGACUACGCCUCAAGCACAAGGAACAACAUCAGUGACCACGUCUUCGCGGAUUCCUGUUUCUGAGACCAUUAUUCCUACAGAAUAUCCAGCUCAGAUUUUUACCACGGCUUCCAGCCGCCAGGACUCGUCUGCCCCUCCCCUCGCAACCUUGUCUACAACUCACGUGAAUGGAGAGACUACGGAAGUCGUGAAAAGCUUGGAAACACCGACAGGAAAGACUGGAACCCCCCGAAAGGAUCUGAAUUCAAACGAAUCAAGCGGUGGAUAUGCUGGUCUUGCAGAAGAUUACCGCAAAAGUCAGUCUUUGGUCACAAUUUUGGUUUCUUUGCUCGUGUGUUGCUUGGUCUUGUCCGUCAUUGUCAUUGCGUGGCUGACCCUGAGAUUGAGAAGAAUGCAGAUCUCUGCGAGGCAGACUCCGACGGAUCAUGAACGGGAAAUGUACGUUUUUCACGGACAACAGGGACUAUGA